CCAAUUUUCUCACACCAGAAGUGACUUGCAGUUUCUCAAGUCUCUCCUGACAUGAAAAAAGUCUUAUCUCAGAUUAUGUGGCAGUGGAGACUCAUAUAAUCCAGUUUUAAGCAGAUGUUCUUUUAUUUGCUAACCUUGCUAACCCUCUCACAGAGGCUUUAAAUGAUGUUAACAGUUCUCAUUUCCUUCUGAGGCCAGGAAGCAAGGAACAGCUGAGACAGUACUACUGAUGAGAUACCUAUUAGUUCCUGAAAUCUCAUGAAGCAUAAAAAGACUGGGGCCUAAAGUAUCAAUAGGAAGAAGGACAUGAUGAUGAUGAUGAUUUGUUAUUUUUUUUAUUAAUACCCCGCCUUUCUCCCCAUGGGUGUCUGGAUCUAUAGCUUUCUGGCAAAGAAAUUACCUCACAAAGUUGGAAGGCUUUAAUGCAAAAGCCUGCAUUAGGGAAUGCAACAAAAUUCCAACUGACAGUUUAUUUCUUUCACGCCUCACCCUGGCCCCUCCCCUGCAUUGCUCACAUUUUCAUGGCAACCCUCAUCCAGAUUUCAAAUAUACACAGGACAGUUCUAAGACAUGGCCUAAUUUCCUGGCUUCACACAAAACCAGGAAAUAAGGUCAUGAUAGUGAGGCCUUAAGGCGGCCACUACUACAUCUCAUCAUACUCCCUCUGCUUGUUUUGUUUUUAGGAUAGUUUCUAUUGAGCCCUUUCCCCAUUUACUGAGGGUCCUUACCAUGUCCAGUGAGGGAUGACUUUUAUGUUCUUCCCAUUUUUCCAGCAGAAAACCGUCGGAAACGAAAUGUCUGCGUCAAGUGCGGGAAGUGUUUUGGACACAAACGGGACCUUACGAAACACCAGAAAGUCCACACAGAAGAAGAAAGUUAUGCCAGGGUGAAAGCCUUCAAGUGUAACAUAUGUGGGAAAGGUUUUGCCCAAAAAAGGGCACUGGCAUUUCAUAAGAGACUCUGUGCUGGAAAAAAACACAUUCCAUUUAAAGUCUCAGGAAACCGUUUUGAUCAGAAAUUGAACCACCUGAGCCAUCGAGUAUUCCUAAAAGGAAAGAAAACACACAAAUGUCACGAGUGUGGAAAACACUUCGCUGGCAAAUCGGUGCUUGUGGUCCAUCAGAGACUCCACACAGGAGAGAAGCCACACAAAUGCCUGAAGUGUGGGAAACAUUUCACUCAGAUGUCAUGCCUUUGGAGACACGAGAGAACUCACACAGGAGAGAAACCAUAUAAAUGCCAGGAGUGUGCGAAAUCUUUUUCUCAGAAAGCAAACCUUGUGAGCCAUCAGAGGCUUCACACGGGAGAGAAACCAUACAAGUGCCAGGACUGUGGGAAAUGUUUUACUCGGAAUGCACAUCUUGUUAGCCACCAGCGAGUUCACAUAGGAGAAAGUCCAUAUCAAUGCCAGGAAUCUGGUACGUGCUUUGAUCCCAGCCUCCACUUUCUAAGCCACACAGGACUCCACACAGGAGAGAAACUGUACAAAUGUCAAGAGUGUGAGGAAUGUUUUGUUCACCGUCGACAAUUAGUAAAGCAUCUGGUACUCCAUACAGAAGGUAAAGUAUAUGAAUGUCAAGAGUGUGGAAAAUGUUUUGCCCGGAAUGAAAACCUUCUAAAUCACUCCAGGGUCCACUCCGGAGAGAAACCAUACAACUGCAAGGAGUGUGGGAAAAGUUUUGUUCACAGUUCAUCCCUCGCGUAUCACAAGAGGCUUCACACAGAAGACAAAUCAUACAAAUGUCAGGAGUGUGGGAUGUAUUUUGGUUACAGGAAAAAACUAAUAACUCACCAGAGAGUCCACACAGGAGAGAAGCCGUACAAAUGCCAGGAGUGUGGGAAGUGUUUUGCUCAGGAUUCAUAUCUUCUGAAGCACAACAGAAGACUUCAUGCAGAAGAGAAACCCUACAAAUGCCAAGAGUGUGGGAAAUGUUUUGCUCAGAGUUCAACCCUUGCACAGCACAUCAGACUUCAUGCAGGAAUGAAACCAUACAAAUGCCAAGAGUGUGGGAAAUGUUUUGCUCAGAGUUCAUACCUUGUGAAGCACAACGAACUGCACACAGGAGAGAAACCAUUCAAGUGCCAAGAGUGUGGGAAGUGUUUUGCUCAGAAUUCAUAUCUUGUGAAGCACAACAAGAGACUUCACACAAGAGAGAAACCAUACAACUGCCAAGAGUGUGGGAAAUGUUUUCCUCAGAGUUCAUCUCUUGCACGUCAUAAGAUGAUUCACAUAAGAAAGAAGCAAUUAAAAUGUUAGGUGUGUGUAAAAUUUUCUAUUCACAGCUCAUACCAUGUGACUCCCAAGGGUAUCCACAAAAGUGAUAAACAAUUUGUGCCAGAUCUGUAGAGAUGACGGUCUCUCCACCCGCCUCUCUUCUUCCUGCAGCAGGUGUGAAUGGAGAAGGGAUGGUGAGUAUGAAUGUUGGCUGUGAGUGAAUGUUGGGGGCAAUGUGAUGCUUCACCUUUGCCUGUGUAAUCAAUAUAGAUAUUAUAAAACCAGUAACUGGUGUCUGCGUGUCUACUAGGCAUGGGCAAUCCAUGGUUCUAAAAUGUUCCUAAAGUACUGUCAUGUUGCCAGGGCUCUGCCUUAUUUAGGUAGAGAUGAGCCAAACUCCCAGUUUUAUCAAACAAUUUAAUUAAAACA